AUGAUCGAUAUCGAGUGGCCUUUUGCAACACAUAUGGAUUUUCGUGGCCAGAAAAUGGCUGAACGACUAUUCCAAGUUAUUAUAGUGUUUUUUGGUCUCAUUGGUUUCAUUGUGGGUUACAUGAUGCAGCAAUUCAGUAUGACGAUCUACAGUGUUUUAUUCGGAGUUUUGGUUUCUGCUUUUUUGACUAUACCACCAUGGCCUAUAUACCGUAAUAAUCCCGUUGAGUGGCAAAAACCCGUUGAUGCGAAGAAAGACUCUAAUGGCAAUAAGAAUAAUUCAUCAAACAAAUCUACACCUAAAGACACGCGCAAAGCAAAGCCAAAAAAGGACCAAUAG